AUGAAAUUCUACGAACGCAUUCCAAUAGAGGAAGUGUUUGAGCAGCUGAAAUGUUCAAGAGCAGGUCUAACAUCAGACGAAGGGGCCAACCGGCUCCAAGUCUUUGGACCAAACAAAUUGGAAGAGAAAAGAGAGAGCAAGUUUUUGAAAUUCUUGGGCUUUAUGUGGAACCCUUUGUCUUGGGUCAUGGAAGCUGCUGCUAUCAUGGCCAUUGCUUUGGCAAAUGGAGGAGGAAGGCCACCAGAUUGGCAAGAUUUUGUGGGAAUCAUUGCUCUGCUAGUGAUAAACUCCACAAUCAGUUUUAUUGAGGAAAACAAUGCUGGCAAUGCUGCUGCUGCUCUUAUGGCUGGUUUAGCCCCCAAGACUAAGGUACUACGGGAUGGCAGAUGGAGUGAACAAGAUGCUGCAAUUUUAGUACCAGGAGACAUAAUCAGCAUCAAGUUAGGAGAUAUCAUUCCGGCUGAUGCUCGUCUUCUUGAGGGUGAUCCUUUGAGUGUUGAUCAGUCUGCUUUGACUGGAGAAUCUCUUCCCGUGACAAAGAAUCCCUCAGAUGAAGUAUUUUCGGGAUCAACGGUUAAGAAGGGAGAGAUUGAAGCAGUUGUGAUUGCUACUGGAGUGCACACCUUUUUUGGAAAAGCAGCACAUCUGGUAGACAGCACCAACCAAGUUGGACACUUUCAGAAAGUGCUCACAGCAAUUGGUAACUUCUGCAUUUGCUCUAUUGCUAUUGGAAUCAUCAUCGAGCUCAUAGUCAUGUACCCAAUUCAAGGCCGCAAGUACAGGGAUGGAAUUGACAAUCUGUUGGUGCUCUUGAUUGGAGGAAUCCCCAUUGCCAUGCCAACUGUGUUGUCUGUCACUAUGGCUAUUGGUUCUCACAGGCUUUCUCAGCAGGGUGCCAUCACAAAAAGAAUGACAGCUAUUGAGGAAAUGGCAGGGAUGGAUGUCCUAUGCAGUGACAAAACUGGGACUCUAACUUUGAAUAAGUUGAGUGUUGAUAGAAACUUGAUUGAGGUGUUUGCUAAGGGUGUUGAGAAAGAAUAUGUUAUCCUUCUAGCAGCCAGGGCAUCCAGGACUGAAAAUCAAGAUGCCAUUGAUGCUGCAAUUGUUGGCAUGCUUGCUGAUCCAAAGGAGGCACGUAGUGGUAUUAGGGAGGUACAUUUCCUUCCAUUCAAUCCUGUGGACAAGAGGACUGCACUUACCUAUAUUGAUUCUGAUGGAAAUUGGCAUAGAGCUAGCAAAGGGGCUCCUGAGCAGAUAAUAACCCUUUGCAACUGCAAAGAGGAUGUCAGAAAAAGGGUUCAUGCAGUAAUUGAUAAGUUUGCUGAGCGUGGACUUAGGUCUUUAGGUGUUGCAAGACAGGAAGUACCUGAAAAAACAAAAGAUGGUCCAGGUGGACCAUGGCAAUUUGUUGGUCUGCUACCAUUGUUUGAUCCUCCCAGGCAUGAUAGUGCUGAAACCAUUAGAAGAGCUCUUAACCUUGGUGUGAAUGUUAAGAUGAUUACUGGGGAUCAGCUUGCCAUUGGAAAGGAAACGGGCCGAAGGCUCGGAAUGGGGACAAACAUGUACCCUUCAUCUGCAUUGCUUGGCCAAGACAAGGAUGCCUCUAUUUCAGCUCUUCCAGUUGAUGAGUUGAUUGAGAAGGCUGAUGGAUUUGCAGGAGUAUUUCCUGAGCACAAAUAUGAAAUUGUUAAGAGGCUGCAAGAGAGGAAGCAUAUAUGUGGAAUGACAGGUGAUGGUGUAAACGAUGCCCCUGCAUUAAAGAAAGCAGAUAUUGGAAUUGCUGUUGCUGAUGCCACAGAUGCUGCUAGAAGUGCUUCUGAUAUUGUCCUCACUGAACCUGGCCUCAGUGUCAUUAUUAGUGCAGUGCUCACCAGCAGGGCAAUUUUCCAGAGGAUGAAGAACUAUACUAUCUAUGCUGUGUCAAUCACCAUCCGUAUUGUGUUUGGUUUCUUGUUUAUUGCGUUGAUCUGGAGGUUUGAUUUCGCACCCUUCAUGGUUUUGAUUAUUGCCAUACUAAAUGAUGGUACCAUCAUGACUAUAUCAAAGGAUAGAGUGAAACCAUCUCCACUUCCUGAUAGCUGGAAACUGAGGGAGAUAUUCGCUACUGGCGUUGUGCUAGGCAGCUACUUGGCACUAAUGACAGUGAUAUUUUUCUGGGCAAUGAAAGAUACCAACUUCUUCUCGAACAAGUUUGGUGUGAGGUCGCUGAGAAAUAGCCGUGAGGAAAUGAUGGCAGCUUUAUACCUGCAAGUCAGUAUAAUAAGCCAGGCUCUAAUCUUUGUCACAAGGUCCCGCAGUUGGUCUUUUGUUGAAAGACCAGGUCUUCUCCUACUAGGAGCUUUUCUGAUUGCUCAGUUGGUGGCAACUUUUAUAGCAGUAUAUGCCAACUGGGGCUUUGCAAGAAUAAAGGGAAUGGGAUGGGGUUGGGCUGGUGUAAUCUGGCUUUUCAGUGUGGUAACCUAUAUCCCUCUUGAUUUUCUCAAAUUUGCAAUCCGCUAUAUUCUAAGUGGGAAGGCUUGGGACAAUCUUUUGGAGAACAAGACUGCUUUCACCACAAAGAAAGACUAUGGUAAAGAAGAGAGGGAAGCUCAAUGGGCGGCUGCACAGAGGACACUUCACGGUCUUCAGCCACCAGAAACUUCCAACCUUUUCAACGACAAGAAUAGCUACAGAGAGCUUUCAGAGAUUGCAGAACAAGCCAAGAGACGAGCUGAAGUUGCAAGGCUUAGGGAGCUUCAUACUCUAAAGGGACACGUUGAGUCAGUGGUGAAGCUGAAGGGGCUUGACAUUGACACAAUUCAGCAGCACUAUACAGUUUAA